AUGGCACAACACUACAUUUGUCGUGGCAACAACUCUGGCAUUAAUCUUUUCUCUUCAUCUCAGUCGUGGCGGCGUCAGCUCAAAGUGGAUGCAUCCACUAAAUAUGUCCCUGACGACCUUACAAUGUAUGUUCUUUCUCGUCUUCCUGUGAAAUCUGUCCUUCGAUUUAGUUGUUUGAGUAAGUCAUAUAACUCCCUUGUCUCUGAUCCCACCUUUGUCAAAUUGCACCUUGAUCGAUCUUCAAAAAAUGCGGAUCUCACACAUGUGUAUACCGCAAACAAUAGGUCUGCAACCUUCACAGUUUUUCGUUUGCUUGAGAACUCUUGGAUUAUUACCAAUCUCCCCUAUGAUCCAUACUAUCAACUUAGAGACCAUAAGGAUUGUCACUAUGUUGUUGGUUCCUGCAAUGGAUUGCUCUGUUUGUACGGUAAUUCUUACAUGUACCGAAAGACAUGGCUUCGUAUUUGGAAUCCAGCCACGAAGACAAUAUCUGAAAAAUUAGGGUCCCGUUAUGAUGACUUUUUCGGCAUACCUAUUAAUAUGACGUUUGGUUAUGAUUAUUCAAGAGACACAUACAAGGUGGUUUAUUUCGUUCCAAAUAGAUCAAAUGUAAGGGUUUUUAGUUUGAACGAAAAUGUUUGGAGAAAUACUCAAGAUUCCCCCGAGGAGGCUCCACAUGAUCAUGCGAUGGAUCUUGUGUAUUUGAGUGGAAGUGUUAAUUGGUUGGCAAUUCGUCAUUCUUCUGCUCGUGUUUAUAAUCGCGAUAACAUUACCAUUGAGCAAUUUGUGAUAAUUUCAUUUGAUAUGAGCACUGAGACACAUGCUAAGUUGUUGCCUCCUCAGGGUUUCAAUGAAGUACCAUAUUAUGCACCAAAUCUACGUGUGUUAAAGAAUUGUCUUUGUUUUUCUCACGAUUUCAAACAAACACAUUUUCUUGUUUGGCAAAUGAAGGAAUUUGGAGUUGAAAAGUCUUGGACUCAAAUGUUUAAAAUUAAUUAUAACAAUCUUCAAAUGGAUCAUCACUUUCAUGUGGGAUUUAUUUUGUUGCCAAUAUGCCAUUCCGAAAAGAGUGAUACUCUAUUGUUGAUAAAUAUUUUGGAAAUGCGAGUAAUUCUAUAUAAUUCGAGAGAUAAUAGAGCUGAAAGAAUCCAUAAACCUAACUUCAUCGGCAACAUACUACACAAGUAUGUUGAAAGUUUGGUUUGGUAUCGUUAA